AGGAGGGUGGGGCAGGAUGCUGGGGUGGGUGGAGCCAGGGCCAUUUCCUUUCCCCCUGGGGCCCUGGCCACCAGUCUUGCCCCAGCUUCAGGAGGAGUUGGAGCAGCCUGGCUGCAACCUCGCCCUUAUCAGGUCCCAACUCCUGCUCAUGCCUGUCGCCUUGAAAAUGAUCCCGCUUUUCCUCUUCUUUGGGAGCGUCUGGGCCCCAGUGGCAAGCCUAGCGCCUACAGAGAACACGACUGCUUUGCAGAUGUCUCAACCCACAAGGUCCCCUUUUCCUUUGGUCUCUGUCUCUGGGACCCCCAGAAUCAACUCAGAAGCAUCCAGUCUUACAAUAACUGAGCUUCCUGAGGAAAGUAACAGCCCUGGGCAUCAGCUCUCCCUGCCUUCCUCAACUCCCUACCCAGCUGAAGAGGUGUCCUCCCCCGGGAUUUCCAUUGCUGCCAGCAGUGGCCUUCCUCUCCCCAGGUCAGUACUCUCCCAGGAAGUUUCCACCAACAGGAAAUCCAUGCGCCUGGAGAUCUCUGAUGCAGCCAGUACACCUGCUGUCUCAGGAAUGAGCUCCCUGGGGUUGCACACUGUGACUGGUGAAACCAUGACCACCAGCUCUCUGGAGACCUCUGAUGGGACCAGUGGACCUCCUGUCACCACGGCAACCAGCUCUCUGGAGACCGCUGAUGGGACCAGUGGACCUCCUGUCACCACGGCAACCAGCUCUCUGGAGACCUCUGAUGGGACCAGGGAACCUCUGGUCACCACGGCAACCAGCUCUCUGGAGACCUCUGAUGGGACCAGGGAACCUCUGGUCACCACGGCAACCAGCUCUCUGGAGACCUCUGAUGGGACCAGUGGACCUCCUGUCACCACGGCAACCAGCUCUCUGGAGACCGCUGAUGGGACCAGGGAACCUCUGGUCACCACGGCAACCAGCUCUCUGGAGACCUCUGAUGGGACCAGUGGACCUCCUAUCACCACGGCAACCAGCUCUCUGGUGGCCUCCAGUGGAACCAGUGGACCCCCUGUCACCAGGGAGACCUCUAUGAAGACCGCUGACCCCAUCUUCAGUGUAGAAAUAUCCACCGUAGACACAAGCAGUAGCUCCCCCCAAAAUUCAGGUCAGAGGACAAAUGGCACCAUGCUGGUAGCCGUGCUUGUGGCCCUGCUGGUGGUCAUUGUCCUCGUGGUACUACUCCUGCUAUGGCGCCAGCGGCAGAAGCGGAAGACAGGAGUCCUGACACUAAGCAGAGGUGGAAACCGCAAUGGGGUCAUAGAUGCCUGGGCUGGGCGAGCCCAGGUGUCCGAUGAGGAGGCCAUGUCACCAGAGGGAGCAUCCGGGGGCAACAAGGACUCUGGGGCUCUCCAGGGGGAGGGGCCUGGCCAGCGACCCACGCUCACCACUUUCUUUGGGAAACGGAAGUCUCGCCAGGGCUCCUUGGCGCUGGAGGAGAUAAAGGCUGGGUCAGCCGCCAAGCUGAAGGGUGAGGAGGAGCCGCUGGUGGGCAGCGAGGAUGGGGCUGUGGACGCCUCUGCUUCUGAUGGGCCAGAAGCCAGAGAGGCGGGGGCCGCUUAGGGCUUCAUGACAAGGAUGGAAGCCAGAGUCACUCCCUCUUUCAUCACCCUCCCUCCUACCCUUACAUCCAACUUCACUGUCACCCAGCUUUUUCACCCAGCACCUUUUGGAUGUGCACGCAGCAUCUUCACUCUGAGUCUUCAUUCAGCUUCUUGGCCCUGGAUCGUCCCGCCAGCAUCUGCACUCAGCACCUAGACCAGGGCUGGCACCCACUGAAUGCCUGUAGACAGAAUGAGCAAAGCUUGAAUGAGCAAAGCUUCCUCGUGGACCUCACUGCUCCCCAACACAGUUUCUCUAUGUUUUUGUCCUCGACCCCAGCUGAGUCUCCCUAAUCCCAAACUUUUUGGACCUUGGAUUUUUCAGAGGACGCUCCAAGGAUCCCAGAGUCUGGGAAGAUGACAGAAAAAGCAACCCAGGAAACUCCUCCUUAGGAUGACUCUGGACAGUAUACUCGGCCCCAUAGACUAGAACAGUUGACCCUUCUUUUGACUCUGCGCCCAGAAGCGCUGUGCCGGGCCAGCCUGGAACACGGGCUGGGUUGGUGUCAUCGGGCUGCGCUCUCAGGUGCGUGUGUGACAGCCCCUGGACUCUAGGCUGGCCCACUGUCCAAGCCGCCACACUCUCCCUCACCUCUGGCCUGAGACAGCCAGAGGCUUCAGCUCUUUCCCCUCCCCCUCGGAGGUGAGAAGAGUUUCAGGGCAGGUGUCAUUCUUAGAAGUCUCAGCAUCUGUGUGGGUCCCCCUGUGAGGGCGGUUUGCACGAGCGAGCGGGAGAGGCGAGGAAUCUGUGAUGUUUUGAUGUUUGUGAAGGGCGGGGGUGAGGACAGGGGCAGGGGUGGGGGUGAGGGCAGGAAGGGCUGCAGUGGCUGAGGAGAUGCCACCCUCGUUGCUGCCGAGGCAUAGGCGCCCUCAUCUUUGCUCAGAUUGGGCAGAGGUAGAUUGAACUCCGCCUGUGGCCGGCCCUGAGGGGAAAGACCGCAUGCUUGACGACUGAGUGUGGUUCCUCAGCUCAGCCACUCGGUCAUCUCUUCCUCAAAGACCCCCCCUCCCCCGCCCCCCUGCCCCCCCCCCCGGCCCCUGCCCCGCUCCAACAUUCGCAGGAGACCCAGGGCGGGUCUUGCUGAUGCUGUUACAGGUUGGAUGUGUUUGUCUGCAUCUCCUCUUCCAUCCUCCAAGGGAGUCAGUCAGAGUGAGACGUGACAGGCCCCCAGGGGAUGGCCAGGAGGGGACAAAGCCUAUCUGAGCUGUCUCUCUGGAACCAGCCCAGGACAGGGCACCGGGCGCCUCCUGGACCAGAGGCCACGGACCAGAGGCUGUUGGUAUUUCCCCAGGGCAAAGAGGAAAUGUGCAAAGAGGAAGUUGUUGAGUCAGAGAGCAGACACAUUGACCUGCAAAAGGAGCCGCCAAGGGCCGCGUGUGAGUGUGACUGCCAGGUGGCCUGGAAUGGAAGGGAGUUGCGGAGACAGAGAAAGGGCCUUGGGGAGGGGUUCCGUUCACGGGGUGGGGGAGGAGAGGGAUGGGGAGAGAAGGAGCGGAAAGUGGCCACGGAUCUGCCAGGAGUUGGGCCACCUCUGCCCCGUCUGUGGGGGACGGGCUGAUAGGGUAAGAGUGAUUUUUACUUUAUUCACCCUCUUCUGUAGUAUCCAAAUUUUAUAUAUCCAUUCCUUUUACAAUAAAAAAAAAAAAAGAACAAAAAGGUGUUCACUGGGGGGUGGGGUGUCGGGUUUGAGGAAGCUGGAAGGAAGGUUAGAGCCACGCCAUGAAGGGCCCCACUCUCUCCUCUGGCCUCCGUCCCCGGGUGCCUGGUCCAGCUGAUUCUCCCUGCAUGGUCCCUGGGAGCCCUCUCGUCUCUCCAGGCCCUCAUCCCGCCUGGCCUGGGUCCUGCUGAGACUGCCCUUUCUGUUUCCUGACCCCUGACCCUUCCACCCUUUGCCUGUGUUGGUCCCAAUGACCCGUGUAAAAGGCUAGUCUGUCCAGAUGAACUGUGCACCCCCUAAGGCUGUCAGGGGGUGCCCAUCUUCCUUAGCAUGGAGUAUAAUACCCCUUCAAGAUCUGGCCCUGGAGUUCCUGUUGUGGCUCAGUGGGUUAAGAAGCUGACUGGUAUCCCUGAGGAGGGUCGGAUCCCUGGCC